AUGAUCGCUCCCGUUGCUGCUGGCCUUGCCGCCCUUUCGAUGGUUGCUGCUGCCCCCGUUGAGCAGACGAUUGCCAAGCGUGCCGCUCCCGGCCAGGCUGACAUCGACACCGUCAUUCUCAACUACGCCCUUACCCUCGAGAACCUCGAGAACGCAUUCUACCGUGACCACCUUCCCUCCAAGGCUGCUUUCAGCAAGGCCGGCUACCCCUCGUGGGUCCACGACCGCUUCACGGAGAUUGGCGGCCACGAAAAGGCACACGUUGCCUUCCUGUCCAAGGCUCUUGGCGACAAGGCCGUUAAGGAGUGCACGUACGACUUCGGCGUCACGGGCGUCAAGUCGUUCAUCGCCACCUCGCAACUCCUCGAGGGUGUUGGUGUGAGCGCCUACCUCGGCGCUGCCCAGAACAUCACCAACACCGACUACCUCACGGCCGCCGGCUCUAUCCUCACCACUGAGUCUCGCCACUCUGCUUGGGUUCAGUCGUCCGUCGCCAAGUCGGACGCCUACGGUGCGACGCAGGACACUCCCCUCAACUUCAACCAGACCUACUCGCUCGCCGCUCCUCUCAUCAAGAGCUGCCCCAAGUCGAACGCGGCCCUGCCCGUCACCGCCUUCCCAGCUGCCUCGAUCUCGCCUGCCGCGCCCAAGGUCGGCCAGACGGUCACCGUCACGUCGAGCAAGCUCAAGUCGGGCCAGAAGCUCGCCUUCAUCACCGGUGGUGGUGUCGUCGCUUUCGCCGACAUCAACGACGGCAAGGCCAAGCUCCCCGCCGCUGUUGGUUUCGGCCGCACCUACGGUGUCAUCGUUCCCGGUGAUGCCAAGACCGUCACUGACGAGAACACCGUCGCUGGCCCCGUUGCUUUCGACAUCCUGCCUACGGCCAGCGAGGCUGCUGCUUUCUACAGCCAGUAA